AUGUCCAAGUCAACAGAGACUGAGACUGUCAUCAACCCUCAGCUGAGAUACGAACCCGAAACUCGGAACCAUGAUGAAUUGGAGCCUCCUCCAGACGGCGGCUAUGGCUGGGUAUGUCUGGCUUGCUGCUUCGCAAUCAACUGCUUCACCUGGGGCUCUGUAGCGUCUUAUGGCGUCUUUCUGUCGUACUACCUGACGGUGGAUGCGUUUCCCGAGUCUCGCCCUCUGGACUAUGCCUUCAUCGGCAGCUUCAACUUCGGGGUCGCGAUGCUCGCGGCGCCCUUGGUCACACGCAUAGCCCGCUCGUUCGGCAUCAAACUGCCCAUGUUGGCGGGAGCAGUCAUCUUUGGAGGAGGGUUCAUCGCGGCGUCUUUCGCCACCCGGAUCUGGCAUCUCUACCUCUCACAAGGAGCACUGGUCGGGCUCGGUGUCGGCUUCGUCUAUGUGCCCAGCAUCGCGGUUCUGUCCCAGUGGUUCGCAAGGCGACGGAGCCUCGCCAACGGCAUCAGCGCGGCCGGGUCGGGGAUUGGCGGCUUGAUCUUCUCCUUCGCCAUUGGGGCCAUGAUCGAACAUCUCGGGAUCGGAUGGGCGCUGAGAAUCACGGGGAUCAUUGCACUGUUUGCCAACCUCGUCGCCGCGGCCUUCAUCCGGGACCGCAACAGCGUCAUUCGUCCCAAACAGCACCCGUUCGACCGGGACCUGGUGUCGCGCGUCGAGGUUCUGUUGCUCCUCUCCUGGGCCUUCCUGAGCAUGCUGGGGUACAUCGCCCUGCUCUACUCGCUCUCGGACUUCUCGCUCUUCAUCGGCCUGUCCCGACAACAGGCGACGCAGGUGACUGCCUUUCUGAACAUGGGCACCGCGCUCGGCCGCCCGUUCAUUGGCGUCGCGAGUGAUCGAUUCGGCCGGUUCGGGGUCGCGACGAGUCUCACCUUUGUCUGCGGUCUCUCGUGCCUGGUGAUCUGGAUCCCGGCCACUUCGUUCGGGGUCACGGUGUUUUUUGGAAUCCUGAGUGGCGGAAUCCUGGGAGUGUUUUGGAUGACAAUCGGCCCUCUCUGCGUCGAAGUGGCCGGACUGAAACAGCUCCCUUCGCUCCUCUCGCUCUCUUGGCUAUCCACCGUGCUGCCGACGACAUUCUCCGAAGUCAUCGCCCUCUACCUCCGUCGCCCAGGCCACGCCCGGCCGUACCUCUACACGCAAAUAUUCUGCGGAGUGAGCUACAUCUGCGCGAGUUUCUGUCUCUGGGGGGUGCGGGUUCUGUGCCGGAGACCAGGGGGUCCUGCGGGACGGAGGAAGGAAGAAAGGACCGGACGGCCGGUGAGCAUUGGGCUGGCUGAGACCUCGACAACAGGUUGA